AUGGCCAGCCGGUUGUUCCGUUUGACCUGCCUGUGGCUGUGGAGAAGCAAGAAAAAUUAUUCCUGGCCUGAUUAUUCCUCCUUGCCUGAUGAAAUCCAAGAACAGAUUCUCCUGAAACUACAAUGCUUUAAGUCCAUUGUGACAUGCACUUCUGUCUGCAAAUCAUGGAAUGCUUUGAUAAAAUCACGCGGCUUCAUUGCCAUGCACCUCUCUCGUCCACAGAGUUAUGCAGAGUAUUUUCUCUGCUCUUCUUAUAUUGAGCCACAUUGUCAUUCGAUUUUGUGUUAUAACAGUCAAAGACUCGAAAGCUAUCGUGACUUGAUUUUUCCUGUGAGAUGGGUGAAAGUGCUUGGGAGCUGCAAUGGGCUAAUUUGCUAUACCAACUUAGAUGAUGGUUUAUGUCAAAUUUAUUUAUGGAAUCCUACUAUUCAGAAAUUGAAAAUUCUUCCAAAAUCCAAUUAUUUUAGAGAACGCAUUGCUUAUGGAUUUUGGUACGACACAUAUUCUAACGAUUACAAGGUUGUGAAGAUCUAUUCUGGAGAGAUAUCUAAAGUUGAGGUGUAUAGUCUGAGCAACAAUUCAUGGGAUCUGAUCGCGACUAGUGGUCCUUCAUAUACCAAGACUUUCUUUGAUAAUGUUGUUGUACAUGUUAAUGGUACUUUGUAUUGGCUGGCAUCGGAUGGAAAAAAUUGGUGGGACUCUUAUUGGAGGAUUAAUUCUUUAAAUAUGAAAGAUCUAAUGUUUCGAGAUGCUCUACUUUGGCCUAUAGGGAAAAGCAGAUCAGGUGGCAAGUUUGAUAUGUUGGGGGCUGGCAGUCGUGUCAUUCUUGUGUUUUCUUCCACACACCAUCUGGGGAUACAUGUGUAUGAUGAAAAUUUGAAUGAACUCUAUAGGUAUGAAUCCGAAAGUAGUGAUAUAGAAUUAGAAUUUCUUAGUCCACUGGGUGUGAGAAACAGCGGCAAUGAAGUUCUGUUUCAGAAGUUUGGGACUGAUGCACCAAUUUUGGUUUUUGAUAUAAGGGAAUCAAAAUUCAAGGAGUUUUGUUCCUCAACCAAAAGUAUUAUCCAGGCAAUACCUUUUGUUGAGACCCUGGUUCUACUUGAUGAUGGAGACUCUAGAUCACUUCCAAAUGCUCGACAACAGAGUGUCAUCCGUAAUGCCACAGGCUGCUGCUUCUUUUCUAUAAUUUAG